CGCGAGCUGGGGGCGGGGCCUGGGUGGCGGGGACAAGGAGGGCGCGCGCGGAAGCGGCUGCGGCAGUUGCGCGCUGGGAUUGCUGCCGUGCGGCGGGUCGAAUUCAGCAUACAAUUAAAAUGACAACCUCUUGGAGUGAUCGGUUACAGAAUGCAGCAGAUAUGCCUGCUAACAUGGAUAAGCAUGCCCUGAAAAAGUAUCGGCGAGAAGCCUAUCAUCGGGUGUUUGUGAAUCGAAGUUUAGCCAUGGAGAAAAUUAAGUGUUUUGGUUUUGAUAUGGAUUAUACACUUGCUGUGUACAAAUCUCCGGAGUAUGAGUCUCUUGGCUUUGAGCUUACUGUGGAGAGAUUAGUUUCUAUUGGGUAUCCUCAGGAGCUGCUCAGCUUUGCUUAUGAUUCUACAUUCCCUACCAGGGGACUUGUCUUUGAUACACUAUAUGGAAAUCUUUUGAAAGUUGAUGCCUAUGGAAACCUUUUGGUCUGUGCACAUGGAUUUAACUUUAUAAGGGGUUCUCAGGUAGCUGCACAGAAGAGACCAGAAACUAGAGAGCAGUAUCCAAAUAAAUUUAUCCAACGAGAUGACACUGAAAGAUUUUACAUUCUGAAUACACUAUUCAACCUACCAGAAACCUACCUGUUGGCCUGCCUAGUAGAUUUUUUUACUAAUUGUCCCAGAUAUACCAGCUGUGAAACAGGAUUUAAAGAUGGAGACCUCUUCAUGUCUUACCGGAGUAUGUUCCAAGAUGUAAGAGAUGCUGUUGACUGGGUUCAUUACAAGGGCUCCCUUAAGGAAAAAACAGUUGAAAAUCUUGAGAAGUAUGUAGUCAAAGAUGGAAAACUGCCUUUGCUUCUGAGCCCCAUGAAGAUUUGGCUACUUGAACGCUUUAAUUCGGAGUUUAUUUACAACAUUUAUGCUGAUUAUAAAAUGGCUUCUAAGAAGCCCAUGUCUUAUUGGAAUGUCAGAAGUUUUUGUAUGUUUGUGGUUAAUGAUGAAGCAUUAAUUUCUGGCUUCCAUAUAAACUUUAGAGAAAAUAAGAAUGCGAUGAAUCUUAUAUUGAAAAAUACAUGUCUUAUGAAAAGCUUGUGGGGUUUUCUCUUUUGCAGAAGUAGUAUAUGGAUCUUAUGUUGGAUUUUUUUUUUCCAGAAAAUUAUGACUUACCUGUUCGAUUUCCCACAUGGCCCCAAGCCAGGGAGCUCCCAUCGACCAUGGCAGUCCUACUUUGACCUGAUCUUGGUGGAUGCACGGAAACCACUCUUUUUUGGAGAAGGCACAGUACUGCGCCAGGUGGAUACUAAAACUGGCAAACUGAAAAUUGGUACCUACACAGGCCCCUUACAGCAUGGUAUUGUCUAUUCAGGAGGUUCAUCUGAUACAAUCUGUGAUCUGUUAGGAGCCAAGGGGAAGGACAUUUUGUAUAUUGGAGAUCACAUUUUUGGGGAUAUUUUAAAAUCAAAGAAACGGCAAGGGUGGCGAACUUUCUUGGUGAUUCCUGAACUUGCACAGGAGCUGCACGUCUGGACUGAUAAGAGUUCACUUUUUGAAGAGCUUCAGAGCUUGGAUAUUUUCUUGGCUGAACUCUACAAGCACCUUGACAGCAGCAGCAAUGAGCGCCCAGACAUUAGCUCCAUCCAGAGACGUAUUAAGAAAGUAACUCAUGAUAUGGAUAUGUGCUAUGGGAUGAUGGGAAGCCUGUUUCGCAGUGGCUCCCGGCAGACCCUCUUUGCCAGUCAGGUGAUGCGUUAUGCUGAUCUCUAUGCAGCAUCUUUCAUCAAUCUGCUGUAUUACCCAUUCAGCUACCUCUUCAGAGCUGCCCAUGUCUUGAUGCCUCAUGAGUCAACAGUGGAACACACACAUGUAGAUAUCAAUGAGAUGGAGUCCCCCCUUGCCACCCGGAACCGUACUUCAGUGGAUUUCAAAGAUUCUGACUACAAGCGGCACCAACUGACACGGUCGAUCAGCGAGAUUAAACCCCCCAACCUCUUUCCACUGGCCCCCCAGGAAAUUACACACUGCCAUGAUGAAGAUGAUGAUGAAGAGGAGGAGGAGGAGGAGGAGGAAGAAUAAGGAAAACCAAAACUCUAAGUACCCAUUAAACACUUUCUGGCAGGACUCACAGGAACAGACCAUGUCCCUGUCUGGGUUCUAGGGGUGUGGGGGUGACUCCAUCAAAGGUACAUCUGAAAAGUUUCUGAAGAGUCUAAGAUAUUCUAAUCAUAGGGAGAUACUUGUUUUAGUUUUGUGUGUCUGCAUUCUCUACAGAUGGUUCAAAAUUGUAAUGAAAUCUGUAUUGGAAGAAAGGGUAAAGCUGGGCUGAAGUGCAUGCAGAGAGCUCUGUCGUGGUUUGUGACACUGUUUCCAUGUCUUGUUUCAUUAUCAGUAUUGCUGAAAGGUCUCUGGAAUAAGGAUGAUGAUGGGAAGAAGUGAUCCAAAAAUGCUAUUGUUACAAAUUGUGCUCUUACUCCAAAAUCCAUCUUUUUCAGUGCAUUACAUAGUAUUGUAUAUCAUUGGAGAAAUAUAUAGUUUUAAUUAUCAAAUAUAGUCUUCUGUUACAGUCUAGGUUCCUUUUAUGAGCUUUUAAGUGUCCUCAGUGACUCUGGAAAAGCUGUUACCCAUCAGUGGCUUUGCAGAAGUGUUCUCUCCUUGUUGUAGGGUUGAUCUGGAAUGGACCGCAGUGAUUUCAUUUUGAGGCAAAAGUCUUCAUCUAUUCUACACUUCUGUGAUUGAUACCAAAAAUGUUUGUUUUCCAAAAAACAAUCUAUAGAAAGAAUUUAGCUGAAAGAGGACAACGGAGCAAACCCCCAAAGAAAAAAGAGGAACCUCCUCCUCAUAUUACAGAAUAACUGAGUAAAAUUCAUUUGUGUGGGCUCUGUGAAUCACGCUGCCCAAUUCCAGCCUUCUCUGUCCUCUGGGGUUCAUUGCUGUAUUUCCAAGUAGAGGAUGGUAAGCGGGCUUUGUAAGCCGGAACCUUACUAAAGCAGAGGGCACAAUCAGUGUGAAUAAAUUCACUUUGGAAUCUCAAGUGAAAUCACUUCUUGUUGUUUUGAACAAGAAUGGAUCAUUACUAUAUACUUUAGGGUAUUAUAACUGCCUCCCAACACAGUGAAUGUUAUUAAAACAUUUUUAACAGUGGUGUAGACUCUUUAACCUUCACAUAGUUCUUCCAUUCAUAUUGUCACUGGUCAACAUGGGAGAGCAGAUUAGCCGCUCUAGAAUUCAAUAAAGUAUAAUAUUUCUAAUACUGA